AUGUCAACAUCAGUGUCAACGAAAGGUCCAAUAGAGACAUCGAUUGCCAACAAGCUCACGACAAAUUUUAAGCCGACUUUUCUCGAGGUACGAAACGAUUCUCACAAGCAUGCAGGACAUCAUGGAUUACGAGGCGCAACCAACACUACGGAAUCUCAUUUCUUUGUAAAAAUGCAAAGCGAAGCAUUUAAUGGGUUGAAUUUACCAAGCAGACAUCGUUUAGUAUAUGGAGCUCUUGAUGAUGAGUUUAAGAAUCAUGGGUUACAUGCUUUGCAAAUGAAGUUGAAAGGAACAAACGAGACCAUGAACUAA